CAUACGAGAUAUGAAUAGAACUCAAUGAUAUAAACCAUAUAUAAACCUACGAGCAAACUCACAUGGCAGCCGAGAAAUUCUGACAUUUUCAUUUAAAUCUGACGGAAAUCAGUUAUAUAUUUCUCAAUUAUGAAUGUUUUCAGUUCAGUAACGUAAUAUCUUAAUAAAUAUGGACGAUGUUAGCUUUCCACAAAUACCUGACGAAGGGGAAGAGGAGGAUUGGUAUUAUAAAAAAAGACGAGAAAUGCAGGAAGUGUUACCAGGUGUUUUCUUGGGACCAUACUCUGUUGCUAUAAAGUCAAAGCUGAACUUUCUCUUGGAACAUGGUAUUACUCACAUUGUCUGUAUUCGAGAAGAUCUUGAAGCUAACUUUGUGAGACCAAACUUUACAGAACAUUUCAAGUACCUUGUACUCAAUAUUGCAGACAAAACAACAGAGAACAUCAUACAAUACUUUCCAAGAGUGCGAGAUUUCAUAUGUGAAUGUCAAAGUUUAAAUGGGAAAAUUCUUAUCCAUGGAAACACAGGAAUAUCACGAAGUGCAUCAUUGUUGAUAGCAUACAUCAUGGAAACAUAUGGGAUGGACUAUAAUAAUGCUUUCAAGUAUGUACAAAGGAAAAGAUUUUGUAUCUGUCCAAAUAGUGGCUUUACACAACAACUAAUGGAAUAUGAGCCCAUCUAUCUGGCUAAUUACCAAAUGAAACAAUUAAACAGUAAAGAACCAAUGGGGCACAGAGCCAGUGUGAAGAGAUCCUACGAUAUUGAGAUGGAUGAUUCAACAUGAUGAUUUACCACCAACAAGUCAUAAAAAUUCGUAUGAAUGAAUAUACUUUGCUUUUAUUUCCUCUGAAAAUCUAGCGCAUAUUUUGUCAGGUUCAAAGCAUAACUAAAGAUGACAAUUAGACUUUCAUCACAUGUUUAGAUUAUAUUUGAUUUCGAUCAAGUUUCCAUUUUAUGUAAUUUAUUACGUAUUUUCACAAACUUUAGGAUUUAAAGGUCAAGAACGUACUCGUAUAAGAUGUUAUAAAUUUUUUUCUUUAAGUAGAACUAUUGAUAAGAAAGAAUUUUAACUAUUUGCAUGGCA